UUAAUCAAAUCUAGGAAGAAAUACUAACAGGGCGUUGUUCUUUUCUUCAUUCUCACGUUGUAGAAGGCUGAAAAAGCUUCAUCUUUAGUAGGCUGGCUUCUGGGGCAACCAAUUUGUACACUCCAUAUUUAUUGCUUUGUCCUCACCCUCACUCCACACUCCUCACUCCUCACUCAACUCCAAACUCAAACUCCCAACGGUCAGUUCUUCUCAUAGAUCUUUCAUUUUCAGCUUGAACCCAAUGGAGAAGCCUCUUGAACUGGCACGUUCCAAGGACCCAAAGGACCGAGCAACAGGGGCAGAGCUUCUUCAUUCUCUUCUCCAGUCUUCCACCAAACCUUUGUCUUCCUCUGACGUCGAAUCUCUCGUGUCAGCUUGUCUUGACCUCCUCAAUGACCCAUCUAACUUAAAGGCCUCUUUGGGAGCUCUACAGUGUCUAGCAUCUGCUGCCGUGCUCUCAGCUGACCAUUUGAAGCUGCAUUUUGAUGGGGUUUUGCAUACUGUUGUGGAGUGUUUAGGGGAUGACAAGCAGCCUUUGCGUGAUGCAGCUAGAGGGUUGUUGUUGACUUUCAUGGAGGUUUCUUCUCCAACUAUCAUUGUUGACAAAUUUGGGCCUGUCACCUGGGUGCAUAACAGCUUGAGAAUUCGUGAAGAGUUUCUGAAGAUUGUCACUUCUGCCAUCACUGUGUUUGCAUCUAUGGAGUUCAUGAAGGCUAUUCUUCCUCCUGUAUUGCAGAUGUUGAAUGACUCAACUCAGAGCAUUAGAGAAGCAGCUACGUUGUGCGUUGAGGAAAUGUAUAUGCAGUUUGGGCCUCAAUUUCUUGCUGAACUCCAGCAAAACAAUCUUCCCUCAUCAGUGUUAGGAGAUAUUAAUAGCAGACUACAGCAGAUAGAGCCAAAGGUUUGCAGUUCCAAUGGACUUGUGUGGUGUACUUCCCCUGAUGGAGUUGACUUGGUCAAGGGGAACCAAGCAGAGACCAGUCCUAAGACAAAGGGUUCUGUUAAAGAGGUAUCUGUUUCUGGAGGAGAGAUUGACUUAACAGAUAAACUGGUAGUUCCAGUUACUUUAUACUCUGAAAAGGAGCUACUAAGAGAAAUGGAGAAGAUUGCAUGUAUGCUUACAGGGGAAAAUGAUUGUUCUUUUCGAAUAGCUGCCAUGCAACAAGUUAAAGCUCUUGUCAUUGGAGGUGCUGUUGAUUAUCCUUGCUUUCAUGCUCUCUUGAAGCAACUUGUUGCACCUCUUUGCAGACAGUUAUCUGAUCGAAGGUCUAGCAUUGUAAAGCAGGCCUGUCAUCUCUUAAGUUUCUUGUCGCAAGAGUUGUUGGGAGAUUUUGAGGCUUGCGCAGAAAUGUUCAUUCCGGUCCUUUUCAAGCUGGUUGUGAUAACUGUUCUUAUAAUUGCUGAAUCUGCGGACACCUGCAUCAAAACAGUAUGUGCAGACAAUAUGAAAAUCUCUGUAACUUUUUUUCUGUUUUUUACCUGGUUGCUUGUAUUGAUGCAUUUCUUCACUGUCCAGAUGCUGCGUAAUUGCAAAGUUUCCCGUGUGCUUUCUCAAAUAGUUAAUCAUGCAAAACAUGACCGCAAUGCAGUACUCCGUGCUAGAUGCUGUGAGUACUCACUUCUGAUGCUAGAGUAUUGGGCUGAUGCGCCAGAAAUACAGAGAUCAGCUGAUCUUUACGAGGAUCUCAUAAAAUGCUGUAUAGCAGAUGCAAUGAGUGAGGUACGGUCAAAUGCUAGACGUUGCUACAGAAUGUUCAAGAAAACUUGGCCAGAACGUUCUCAGGAACUAUUUCUGUCCUUUGAUCCUGUCAUCCAAAGGAUGAUAAAUGAUGAAUAUGGGGCCACACACAGACGCCACCCUUCUCCUUCAAUUCGAGGAAGGGAUGUCCGUAAAUCCCAUAAGGCUUUUCAAGCACCUACGUUUACAGAUUUACCUGGACCUGGAACUUCUAUAGUUACCACCAUGGAUCGGAGCAGGGCUGUGCCAGUAGGCAUUCCUCUAUCCUCUGGUCCAUUUUUCUCAGAAGUGAAGUCACAUGGAAAUGGUACUGAAAGAACUUUUGAGAACAUUCCACAUGCAAACAAACAGAGGACGCCUGCAAUUCAAAACGUGCUUGCUGGUUUAGAUAUAUCUGAGAAACACAAUUUUCAAAAGAAGCGGUCAGCUAGCUUGGAUUUAGGAGUUGACCCUCUUUCAGUUCGUGGCCUUCCUUUCUUCUCUACUGUCACUGCUUCAGCUGUUACUGCAAAUGCUAUUUUCACUGACUCAACUGCAUCAACUGUUAAAGCUUUUUCAUCUUCAAAUUCAGUGAAGCAAGCUUUAGAGAAACUGGGAGGUGGUUUUAUGGAAGAGCACUCUGACGAAAGGUUUGCCAGGAAAUCAGUAAAUAAGCAUAUUGACAGACAGCAUGUAGAGACAUAUUCUAAGGAUGCCAAUUUUAGGGACUCGCAGGGUAAUAUUAUUCCUAACUUCCAAAGGCCACUUUUAAGAAGGAAUAUAUCUGGUCGAGUUUCUGGAAACAGUAGAAGCUGUCUGAACGAUAAUCAGAUAUUACUUGGUGAAAUGUCAAACUAUGUGGAUGGUCCAGCAUCACUCCAGGAGGCUCUGACAGAGGGUCUCAGCCCAAAUUCUAUUUGGUCUGCUAGGGUUGCUGCUUUUAAUUAUGUCAGAAGUCUCCUGCAGCAGGACCAAAAAGGUGUCCAAGAAGUUGCACAGAAUUUUGAGAAAGUCAUGAAGUUGUUUUUCCAACACUUGGAUGAUCCCCACCAUAAAGUUGCACAGGCUGCUCUCUCUGCUCUUGCUGAUAUAAUUCCAGCAUGUAGAAAACCUUUUGAAAGUUAUUUGGAUCGAAUCUUACACCAUGUGUUUUCAAGGUUAAUUGAUCCCAAGGAAUUAGUUCGGCAGCUAUCUGUAACGAAUUUGGAAGUUGUGAGCAAAGCCUAUGGUAUAGAUUCUCUUUUACCUGCUUUGCUCCGUGCAUUAGAUGAACAGAGAUCACCAAAGGCAAAACUGGCUGUUAUAGAAUAUGCUAUUGAUUCCUUCAAGAAGAAUGCCAUGAAUUCUGAAGGUGCCGCUAAUAGUGGCAUUCUAAAGCUGUGGCUUGCUAAAUUGAUAACUUUGAUCUAUGAUAAAAACACAAAACUAAAAGAAGCAGCCAUUUCUUGCAUUGUUUCUGUACAUACUAACUACGACUCAACUGGUGUUUUACACUACAUCAUGUGUAUGUCAGUCGAAGAGCAAAAUUCUCUAAGGCGAAUUCUUAAGCAGCAAACUCCUCGAAUUGAAAUGGAUCUUAUGAACUUCUUGCAGAACAAGAGAGAAAGGCCACGUCCUAGAAACAUUCAUGAGCCAUCCGAUAUUGGACUCUCUCCUGAGGAUGAAUAUACUGGUGCAUUGAAGAAAGUUUAUUAUUUUGGAAGGUAUUCUUCAGGUUCUAGUGAUAUUGAUAGCGGCAAGAAGUUGUUCUCCAUCCAAGAACCAGCGCAAAUUUUAGAACGUAUUGCUACUGGUUCUGAUGAAAAUGUGGAAUCCACUAUGAGCCACCCUGAUGGUGUUGAUUAUGAAAAUGUUAAGGAUAAUUACUUGCCUUCAUCAUGUUUUGACAUGAAUACAGUGACAAGCUCUAAUUAUCCUGGAGUAAGCAGUUCCAAUGUUGGUAGUGACACUUUUGUUGAUGUCAAUCAUAAUCGUGAGAAGUCCAAAAAUAUAAAGAUUUGCUCUUCUCUAAAAUCACGUAUCAUCAUUCCUCAAAUUCUUCACCAGAUUUCUAACAACAAAGACAGUGCAACUGUUAGACAGCAGGCACUUCAGCAACUCAUAGAGGCUUCCAUGGAUCGUAACUAUUAUUCCAUAUGGACAAAGCAUUUCAAUCAGAUUCUGAAAGUUGUUGUUGAGGUGUUGGAUGAUCCUGAUUCUUCAACUAGGGAAUUCACCUUGCAGUUAGUGGCUGACAUGGUGAACAAACAGAAAGAUGAGAUGGAAGAUUCUAUUGAAAUUGUAAUAGAAAAGUUACUUCAUAUCGCAAAGGAUGCAGUUUCCAAGGUUUCAAUUGACGCAGAGAAAUGCUUAUCUAUUAUUUUAUCAGAAUAUGAUCCUUUUAGCUGUCUGAGUGUUAUUGUAGCCCUGUUAAUCACCGAAGAUGAGAAAACUCUUAUUAUCUGCGUCAAGAAAUUAACCAAGCUUGUGCACCGGCUUUCUCAAGAGGAACUACUGGCUCAGCUACCUUCAUUUUUACCAGUUCUUUUUGAUGCAUUCAGCAAUCAGAGUGCUGAAGUUCGCAAGACUGUUGUUUUCUGCCUGGUCGACAUUUAUGUCAUGCUCGGGAAGGCAUUCCUGCCAUACUUGCAGGAUCUAAAUGGUGCACAGUUGCGUCUGGUGACUCUUUAUGCCAACAGAAUUGCACAGGCCAGAAAAGGAACAUCUGUUGAAGCAAUCAAUUUGCCAACAGCUUGAAUAUGUGAACUAGGGUUUUCAAUGUAUUGUUUAUUCAAUUAAUGAAUUUACAUUUUCAUGUAUAUGUCUUUGGUCUUCUUGUGCUUUUGAGUUGCAAUAGGAGGGUGAAAAUCUAGCAAUAGUAUCUAUUUGUUAAUUGGAAUGGGAGAAAUGGAGCAACUUGUAGAUUGCAAGGCUUUGUUGGGGUUGACCUGUUGCCUUGUCAUACAAGAAAGUGUUCUCUGGCUUGAAUCUGGAUUGUUUUCCAAACUUUCCGUAGUUGGAAUUUUAGUUGUUGAUUGCAAUAGAAUUCCAAGUUAUUUACAUGCCUUUUCCUAUCAAAUUGAGAUUUCAUGAUAAGGAUUACUUUCAUGAUAAAAUAAUGUUUGAAAUUCACAAUGAAAUCAAUUACUAUUAGAUUUAGAAGUUUAGGGUUAAUAUUAAAAAAAAAAA